UGGACGCUUGGUCUGACCUACUACAGAAUCUACUUUCUCCAGUGUCUCGCCACUCAUGGUCUGUUAUCCCCACGUGAUGAAGGACCGAGGCCAGCCAUCACACACAUGCCUCGACCAUCUGACAGAACACAACCAAAUUCUCAAAAAACACGAGUGGCUGAGCCUAAACAACUUCUGGGAAGUGCAGCUCAGUCGGUAGAAGGGUGGAGACUGCGGAGUUCCAGCGGACUGUGGUGGGAGUAGUGUUACUCGGAAGAAGAGCUGGUGUGGGAGUAUAUAAACUAAAACCUCCCGCGCCACAGUCGCCUGCCAGUUGCCCCGCUGCGUCCCCUCCAACGUCGCGACCACGGAGAAGACCCGCGGGCUGGAAAACUCCGCAAACAUGGCACCUGUGCUACAAGUCCUCGCCGUCCUACUAGCUCUGUUCGUGGGAACGUCGACGUCCGCUCACCUAAACGAAACUAUCUAUGCAGUGACGGUUAGCUCCCAAAUGAGAGGGGGGAAACAGGAGUCCCUGUGUGCUCAUGUGCAUGGACCCACCGAGCCCAUCAACCUGACCAUCACACUUAAUAUGGACUCUGGGAGCAAGUUACUCCUGCAGGAGAAGAUCAAGCAGGACUUCUACCGCUGCCAACGUUUUCAGGUUCCAGUGGUGCGCGCCAAAACUGUGGCAGCCAUUAACGUCACGAUCGAGGGGGAGAGCGGCUCUUCUUUGAACAAGGAAACCAUGGUGCUUGUUCUGCCACCAGCUUUUAUCCACAUUGUCCAAACAGACAAACCCAUCUACAAACCUGGACAGACUGUCCAGUUUCGGAUUGUUUCUAUGGACACCAACUUCAUCCCUGUCCAGAGAGCGUACAAAGUGGUGGAGCUUCAGGAUCCCAAGUCCAUGCGCAUUGCCCAAUGGUUGGAUAAGUCCGUUUCCAGCGGUAUCCUGGACCUUUCCCACCCAAUUAUUCCUGAGGCCAUGUCGGGAAAUUACAGGAUCUCAGCCACCACUGACAAGGGAGAGAAAAUCUCUCAUAGCUUUGAAAUCAAAGAAUAUGUUCUACCUAAAUAUGAAGUCAAGCUCCACCUACCUAGUGUGAUCACUAUCCUGGACAAGGAGGCAACGGUGAGAGUCUGUGGGAAAUACACAUAUGGGAAACCUGUAGUUGGUUCUGUCACCAUUGAGGUUCGUCGAAAUCCUGUUUCAUUUUACUGGUUAGAAUUGUCCAUUCGCUGGGGAAUUUACAGAAGAUAUCAACUGACUACUGACAAAAGUGGGUGCGCAUCACAAGUGAUCAACCUAUCGGACUAUGCAAACAAGGAUGUCAAUAAUUAUGGCGACUUUGAGGUGUCUGCUGAUUUACAGGAGUAUGGAACGGGAGUGAUUCUGAAGGGCAGUGGAAGCUUCGUCCUCACCAAUCAUAUCAAACAAAUAAGCUUCGAAGAUACACCAGAGUCCUACAAGUCUGGUAUUCCAUUCGAAGGAAAGGUGAAGGUUGUUGGUCCAAGUCACACCCCUUUAGCCAAUGAAACUGUGUACUUGUACGUUGGUGACAAGAAAAAGGCAACUCUGACUACGAACCAAUAUGGCCUGGCUGCAUUCACUCUGGACACAUCUGACUGGAAAACAACAGAUGUCAGACUGAGAGCAAGCUUCAAUUUAGAGAGGGGCUCAUACUUCUUUGAUGCAUCUGGUGUGGAGGCGAUAUAUAUCGCUGGCGACCUCAAUGUAGCAGAGUUCUACUCAAAGAGCAAAAGCUUUUUGAAGCUCAAGCAAGUCAAUGGCAAACUUCCCUGUGACCGUGAAGUUCCUGUGCGUGCUCAGUACAUCAUCCAGGGGGCAGAGCUGAAGAAAGAGCAGAAAGUCCUUGAUUUCUUUUACCUGGUGAUGUCCAGAGGUGCAAUUGUGCGACAUGGAAGUAUUCCUGUAGCUGUUGAAGAAGGAACUGUCAAUAAAGGAGAGGUCACUGUAACGCUGCGCCAGCUGACUGACCUGGCCCCAUCCGCACAAGUGGUAGUCUACACAGUGUUGCCUGGGGGAGAGACUGUGGCCGAUUCCAUGACCUACCCGAUCGACCUGUGUCUCCAUAACAAGGUGUUUCUGAAGUUCUCAGCCCUGGAGCAACUACCAGCAGAGAACACAACACUGAAGCUGCAGGCUCAUCCAGGAUCCGUGUGCUCUGUCAGAGCAGUCGACCAGAGUGUCCUGCUGCUGAAGUCAGAGGAGGAACUCACUGUAGAUUAUGUCUACAGGCGUCUGCCAGAGCAGCAGCUGACAGGAUUCCCACAUGAGGUGGAAGACAUAGACCCCUGCGCUCAUGGCGAUUACUAUCAUCCUUUCUUCCACCAUCAGACUUCUCAGAAGGACGACGUCCAUAGCGUCUUCAAGGUGAUUGGAAUUAAAAUCGUCACCAACUCUGGUGUGAGGAAGCCCUAUAUCUGUCCAGAAGAAAUAGCUUAUGCUAUGUAUGGUGUCUCCUCCAUUUCCUUGUCAGAUACAUCUGUGGCUUACAUGAGUACACCAAACUCUGGAGGACAUGUUCAAGAGAAAGCUCAUAAGAAGGAGACGGUCAGGACGUUUUUCCCAGAGACAUGGAUCUGGGACCUGGUCAGCAUCGGAGAUGAAGGCUCAGUUGACCUGCAGAAGACCGUGCCCGACACCAUCACUAAGUGGGCCGCAGCAGCGUUCUGUGUCUCGUCGGUGGGCUUCGGUGUGUCCCCCAACACUGCGCUGACAGCAUUCCAGCCGUUCUUUGUCAGUUUGACUCUACCCUACUCUGUCAUCAGAGGAGAGGUGUUCACACUGAAAGCCACGGUCUUCAACUACCUCUCCAAGUGCAUUAUGGUGAAUGUGACACUGGUUCAGUCCGAGCAGUUCAUCUACAGGACGUGUGAUGGAUGCCAGUAUAGUGUCUGUCUCUGUGGAGAGGAGAGCAGAACCUUUAUGUGGAUUGUGACGCCGUCAUCACUCGGUCAGCUCAGUCUGAAGGUGAGUGCGGAGGCGCUGAGGACCGACGUCCUCUGUGGGAAUGAGGUGACCACCGUCCCUGAAACUGGCCGCGUUGAUACGGUGGUACGCACCCUACUGGUGGAGGCAGAAGGAACACCACAGUCGGUGAGCCACAACGCACUUCUCUGUCCUGCAGAGGGUCCAGUUGAGAAGAAAAUCUCUCUCCUGAUGCCUGAGAUGUUUGUGGCUGGUUCUGCCCGAGCGACCGUGUCAGUGUUAGGUGACCUGAUGGGUCGAGCCAUUAAGAACCUGGACAAGCUUCUGGCAAUGCCAUAUGGUUGUGGGGAGCAGAACAUGCUGCUGUUCGCCCCCAACAUUUUUGUCCUCAACUACCUGAAGAGCACGAACCAACUCACCCAGGAGAUCCUGCAAAGAGCAACACGCUUCCUGGAAAGUGGAUAUCAGAGGGAGCUGAAUUACAGGCAUGAUGAUGGCUCCUACAGUGCUUUUGGAAAAAGUGAUGAGUCAGGGAACACAUGGCUGACCGCCUUUGUUAUGAAGUCCUUCGGAGGAGCGAAGCCGUACAUCUUUGUGGACCAGAAGCACGUGGACGCGGCCCGGAGGUGGCUGAGCGCUCACCAGCGAGCCGACGGCUGCGUCCAGUCUGUGGGCAAGCUCUUCCACAACGAAAUGAAGGGAGGAGUGAGCGAUGACCAAUCCCUGACAGCUUACAUCACUGCUGCCCUGCUGGAGCUGGACUCGAACGCAACGGAUCCUGUCAUUUCCAAGUGCCUGAGUUGCCUGAGGUCAGCUGCAGGCAAUGAUCUGAGCAACCUGUACACCACGGCCCUGCUGUCCUACACCUUCACUCUGGCUGGAGACCAGGAGACCAGGAGCAAACUCAUCACGUACCUGCACCAGAGGUCCGACUCCACAGGCGGCACGAGACACUGGAGCAGAGCUGCCGCCUCCAAGAAAAGUGUGGACUCCCUGGAGGUGGAGAUGACGUCCUACGUCCUGCUGGCUCUGCUGUCCGGUCCGGCGCUGCCAGAGUUUGGGCUGGAUUACGCCUCCGGGAUUGUGCGCUGGCUCACGCAGCAGCAGAACCCGUACGGGGGGUUCUCCUCCACACAGGACACAGUAGUGGCCCUUCAGGCCCUGUCCAAGUAUGGUGCUGCCACCUACAGUGAGGAGGGACAAACUACAGUGGUUGUCACCUCCUCGGGUGGACAGAAGGAGGAGUUCACUGUGGACCAGAGCAACCGGCUGCUGUACCAGGAGCAGCGUUUGAGUGACGUUCCCGGAGAGUACACCGUGAGGGCUGAGGGGAAGAGCUGCGUGCUGAGUCAGAUCUCCCUGCAUUACAACAUCCCUCCUCCUCCUGACUUCUCUGCCUUCAACAUCUCCACCAGCACCAUGGCCAAGUGCGGCUCCAGCAGACCCCAACUCAUCCUCUUUGUCCAUGUCAGGUAUCAAGGGCGGCGUGAGGAAACCAACAUGGUGAUCCUCAACAUCAAACUGCUGUCAGGCUACAUUCUGGAUAGAAGCUCUCUGAACCUGCUGAAGCAGGACGGCUCAGUGAAGAGAGUGGACGUGGAUGACGGUUUUAUCAACAUCUACUUGGACGGGCUGAAGAAGGGUCCCACGGCGGUGUACAGUGUGACUCUGGAGCAGGAUUUGCCUGUGAGGAACCUGAAGCCUGCGGUGGUGAAAGUCUACGACUAUUACCAGACCAGUGAUGAAGCUGUGACAGAUUACACCUCGCCAUGUGCAGAGAGUGACGAUGUCAACCAGCUGUAGACCCGGCUCCCCUGCAGCACCUGCUUCAUGUCAGCAAGAGCUCCUCCACACCUGCAUGGCUGCUUUGCUUUUUAGUUGUUUUUUAAGUUUGUGUCUUCAUGAACCUGUCGCCCCGGGAGAGUUGACUCCUCAACCUUCAACACCUGUGUCAUAAAACGGCACGCAAGUCUGGAAUAGUUUUAAUAUAGAAAAAUCCAUCAUAUUCAUACAUGAACAAGGUACCAAUAACAGCGUGGUCCGAGUGCUGCGUGUCUGUGUGAAUGAAACCAAAAAGAAUGACGAUAGUAAGCAUGGUAACAUUGAUGUGUUCAACUACUGUGGAUCACACUCGUACAAGUGACAGACAAUAAAGUUUCUAAAAUAAGUAGAAA